AUGAUCUGGCUGGAUCUUCAAAGAUACGACAAAGAUCUGACUUUUUCUGUGUUUGCUCAACUUCGAUGUUUCUCAUCAUCCUUCUUCUUCUUCUUUCUUGACAUAGUUAUGCAUUUCUUCUUUUUUUUUAUCUGUGUCGACCAUUUUCUUCAUAUUCAACCUUUCCUUCAUAUUUUCUUCUUCGCAUUUCUAUUUUCUUUCUGUUUUUUCUUUGCCAUUUUGUCCUCUGUAUUUCUUACUCAAAUUAAUUUAAACAUUUAUUUUCUUUCUUUUUCUCGCAAACUCUUUCUUUUUGUCUUUUUCCUUUUUUUCUGUUAUAUGUUAUUUUCGUUUAUAUUCUUUCUUUCUAUGAAACUUACUUUUAACUCUGUCUCUUUUUUCUUUUUUUUGUAUCAUGUAUUUAACUCUUUCUUUCGAUCUUCCUUUCUAGUUUUUUUCUUUUUCUUCGUUUUUCUUUGUUUUCAUUUUUCUUAUUUUCUUCUUUCUUUCAUUUUUCUGUUUUAUUUUCUCUUCUUCGUUCAUUCUUUUCUCUACUUCCAAUUUCUAUUUUCUUUUCUUCCUGUAACCCUUACUUCUUUUUGUCCUUUCUUUUCUCUAUUGCCUUUCUUUUACUGUCCAUAUUCUUACAACAGUCUCUCUUUUUUCGAUUCAUUAUCUAUUUUCUUUCUUUAUCUCCAUUUCAUUUCUCUUAUCGCUUACUUGAUACAGUUUUUGCUUAAUCUCUCUCUCUCUCUCUCUCUCUCUCUCUCUCAACUCCGUCAUUAUAUUUUCCAUUUUCAUUUAUGUAACAUUUUCUUUCUUUACUUUUUUCUUUCUCGUUUUCUUUCUUUUCUUUUUUCUUUCUCGUUUUCUUUCUUUUCUUUUCUUUCUUUCUUUCUCGUUUUCUUUUUUUUUCUUUUCUUUCUUUCUUUCUCGUUUUCUUUCUUUUCUUUUUUUCUUUCUCGUUUUCUUUCUUUUCUUUCUUUCUUUCUUUCUCGUUUUUUUUCUAUUCUUUCUUUCUUUCUUUUUUUAUCGUUUUCUUUCUUUUCUUUUCUUUCUUUCUUUCUCGUUUUCUUUCUUUUCUUUUUUUCUUUCUCGUUUUCUUUCUUUUCUUUCUUUCUCGUUUAUUUGGUUUCUUUUUAUGAUUUUCUUUGUAAUAUACAUUUUCUUUUUUCUUUAUUUCUUCUAUUGGUUUUGGUUUUCUUUCUUUCUUUCUUUCUUUCUUUCUUUGUCUUAUGGUUGAUAUUUUUCUUAUUAUAA